ACCGUAUCCGGCUCUUUGUUUGACGUUACGUCCGGCUAGGUUUAAGCUAAUGUUGCCCAGAUUUCUAAAAGUAUAAAAUAAAUUAUACGAUGUUUUUGUUUAUUUGAAAUGUUCGGCUCAUCUGUCCAUGUACGGUAGAGCAGCCGGCAGUGUUGUGGCAGUUUUCUCCCGCUUCUGUGUCGAUGCCGCUCACUAAGGGAGGCUCUUCAUUGUUAGCCUAGCGUUAGCCAUGCUGCUCGCUCUCAGCUACCCUCUGCGCUGCGGCUUUCUCGCGACAGGGACCAUAGCUACUAGCUAGCCUGGCAGCUAGCUAGCAAAGCACUUUCCCCACAGUAUUAACGUUUUGUCUUCUCUUUUUUUGUGUGCUUUGGCAUUUUUAGACCGUUUAUUUCUGUCACAUUCCGCACAGAGGCGCCGCUCUUCGAAAACUCUUAACUAUUAGCUACUAGCUUAACUAGUCGGCUAACUUAGAGGAAACGUCGCAUUGCUUCAUGACAUUUAACUCCCUGUUGACGUUAUCUUGACCUGGCCGUUACAGUUUAUCUCGGCUGACCCAAGAAGGCCUGGUGAAAGUUUCCCUCAUUCUUCCGUCAUUCGAGAGCCGGACUUUCAGUUUCUCUUUCUGGUUUGUGUCCAUUCGUCUGCCACGAUGGCUUCUUCCUCUGGAAACGACGACGACCUCACCAUCCCGAGAGCAGCUAUCAACAAGAUGAUUAAAGAAACGCUUCCCAACGUGCGGGUGGCCAACGACGCCAGGGAGCUUGUGGUUAACUGCUGCACAGAGUUCAUCCACCUCAUAUCCUCAGAAGCCAACGAAAUAUGCAACAAGUCCGACAAGAAGACCAUUUCCCCUGAACAUGUCAUCAACGCCCUCGAGAGCCUCGGUUUCGCAUCGUACAUCACGGAGGUGAAAGACGUCCUGCAGGAAUGCAAAACUGUAGCUUUGAAGAGGAGGAAGGCCAGCUCGAGACUGGAGAACCUGGGCAUCCCUGAAGAAGAGCUUCUCAGGCAACAACAGGAAUUGUUUGCAAAGGCACGACAGCAGCAGGCAGAGCUCGCUCACCAGGAGUGGUUGCAGAUGCAGCAGGCCGCCCAGCAGGCACAGAUGGCGGCAGCAUCUGCCACCGCCGCCCAACAGGCCGGUUCCUCUCAGGAUGAAGACGAGGAGGAUGACAUGUGAUCCCAGGACACUGUUCAGUUUGUCCGAAUCCCUUUCCGGGACAGCGCUGGCGCACAAACCUCCCAGUGCUGUCAUUGACAGAGACAUGAGAUGUGUUUGACCGCUGGUACACAUCUGUGACACAAGGAAAAUGCACAUUUGGUAUUGACGAUGGAGAUGGAGGGGGAUGUCAACAUGUUCAGAUACCAGAACCUGAAAUUCAUUUGCAUUGAAAAGCUGUUAAGGAAGUUUUGAUUAUUCUCAUCUCCCCCCUCAUUUUUUUUCUUUAGGUUGCUUCUGUUUAAUUAUGUCUUGAUGUUUUGUUGUGAGUAAUUCGUAGAUUUGUGGAAGCACUGAAGGCACAUUUCAGUGAAUUUUGGUGAUAAUGCAGCAGGUGUUUGCUCUUUCAGGUACUGCACCAGCUAGCUUAUUUCUGUCAACCAUAGUGCUAGAUCGCAGCUAGCGGUGUAGGAAAGCUGCUCCCGAUGACUCCAGAGCAGUUCCUCUUUUCUUGGUGUUUGACUGCCGCUUUCUUUCCCCCUCCUCUGGGUUUAUUUGUGGACGGAUUGAGGGGUUGUGAAUAUUGUUAAAUGAGGAAAAAUACAUUUUUGUUUUAGCUUAUUCAUAUACUUUAUGUUGCAUUUUCCUUUUGCCUUGAACCACACACAGUAUUGGUUAUUAGCUGCACCUUUUGAGAAACUGAAUAUUUUGUCUCAUAGAACCAAAGAUAGACUCACAGCCCAGAAUUUUUUUUUUUUUUCUUUUUUUAAAGGUGUAGGUGCUACUGUGAUUCUCAUUGCUGACUCCAGAUCAGUGUGGACAAUGUUGGCGAUUAUUAACCUAUAACUUUGUAAGACGCUUUGAUAUCCAGGCCAGAUUUGUUAUUUCCCUUUUCCUUGGGUGCAGUAUCAAACAUUUGCAUUGUGACUGUGGUCAGUCCUCAGUGUAAAGAUAAGUAACCUAGUUGUGAUACAUUCACUUGCCUAUUCUACAAAGUUGUAUUCUUUAAGCAAUAAAGGAAUCGUGUUUUAUA